GAAAAAAACGUAAAUUAACAAAAAUUAUAUUAAUUUUUAAAUUGAAAAAAAAAAGUAUUCUUAAAGAAAAUAUAGUUCAGAGAAGCGAUCGAAGAUGCGGCGGAUAAAUAGAAAACAAUUGAGACCCUGUGUCUUUUUAGUAUUGGUCUUUAUAUGCAUUACCAGCACAGCGAUCAAACCGCUACAUGCUGUUCAACUUGGCGAUCCGGAUGCAGUGAUCACGCUAUAUAAUGUGGCACCAGCCGACGACUUGGGUAUCUAUCGAUAUGCUUACUCGACGAGUAACGGUAUUGCAGUACAGGCCGCGGGCAGCGCACUGGAAGCUAUAGGCAUAUUUAGCUACACCUCACCCGAGGGCAUACCAAUCGAAGUGCGUUACAUUGCUGAUGAACUGGGCUUCCAUGCUGUUGGACGACAUCUACCCCGACCGCCACCAAUACCAAACUAUAUACUUCGUUCGCUCGAAUAUAUACGCACGCAUCCGAAUGAAGAGGAUCGUGGCCGUUACAGGGUCUACAAAUAAAAUUAUAUUUGUACGCAUGCAUAUAACAAUUAUAAUUUAAAUAGUUUGCAUUCUCACAUGCACACAGAAUAUAUUUAAUCAUUAAACAAAUCACGGGAACCAUUGUGGGCUGCCGAAAAGGCAAAUUACAUUACCAACGGGUAAUGAGCAAAUGUUCGUUGGUUGACAAAAGUAAUUUAGUAAUUUUUAUUUAGCAAAUUUUUAUAGUUAAUAAUUAUUGUAAGCGCAUUC